CCAACGCUUAACAGUCUAUACAAACAACUUCAGUCGAUUAUAAAGCUUGUACGAUAACGGGCGUUAAAACGGGUAACAAAAGAAUUUCAAAAAAUUAAGUGCAACAUGAGCCCUUAAACAAAACUAAAAUUUGGUAGUUAACACAAACUUAAUGUGUUAUAUAUAUAUAAAAAAUUUAAAUUACUUGGUUUUUAUUUAAAAUUAUACUUGUAAAAGUAAUAAAAAAGAAACAAAACAAAAGUGUAAACUUCCUAGUUACGAAACGAAAUAAUAUAAUAUAUAAAAAAAGAAAUAAAAAUCAUCAAUAAAUUAAAGUCUAGUGAAAAUUAGAUUUAACAAGAAAACAAAAAUUAUAUAAAAGAAGAAAAUUGUUAAGAGAAUAUACUACGGUCAACAACAGCAACAACAACAUAAAUAUAAUUCACGAAAAUGUUAACAACAAGUAAACGUAGAAAAUCUCCGACAGCGUUAACCACAGCAUCAUCUUCAUCAACAUCAUGUUUUAUGGUUGCCUUAAUUUGUGCUACACUUUUAUGUGGUGGCAUUCAAACUCAAGCAGCACCAGCCAACAACGAUGAUGCAAAUAAUAAUAACAAUAAUGUAACAAAUGAUGUUACUGAUGGCUCACAAUCAUCAGCUACAGCAGCGGCAGUAACAACAGAAUUUGUAGCAAUAACAACAACACCAGCUUUGCAAACAAUAAAUGAAGUUGCAGCCGUUACAAUGAUGCCAACAUUGCAAAACAAUAACACCAACGCUGAUAAUGUUGAUGCUUCGUCGUCUGUCAAUUCCAACACUAAUACAGAGGCCAACAUCAAUCGUCUAGAUGAUGUUAUAGAAAUGGAUGUUGAGGCUAAAACUUUAGAAAUAGCAACAACAACAACAACACCAGCUUCAGUUUCAGCUCAGGCUUCAAUAACAACAAUACCAACUGAAAUGAAUAACGAUAGUUCAAUGACUUUUAUGUCUUCCACAACAGACUCUGCCGCUGCUGUAGAUGCGGCCCCAAUAUUAACAACAACAACAACUUCGCCUUUAACAAAUCCAUCUUCUACUUCUCUAGAUGAAUUAUCAUCAUCAUCUUCAGCCUCAUCUUCUUCAGCUUCUAGCUCAACAACCGCUUCAAAUUCAUUACACUCAAAUACUGAUGCCUCAUCGACAAUGGACACCACAAUGCCACCACCACAUAUGAUGAUGGCAAUGGAAACCACAAUGUUACCGGAUUCAAAGCAAGAAGAUUCAUCAACCACAACAACGAGUACAACAACGGAAACAAAUAAAUUAAUUGAAACAACAAAUGAAGGAGAAACUUCAUUGCCAAUGACAACAAUUGAACCGAUUAUGACAACAGAGCCCACAACAACACCUACUAUACUCAAUGAGCAACACCACAACAACAACCACAUGUUGAUGAUGAAUGAAAUGAUGAUGAAUGAACAUCAUGAUCAUGAACAUAAACCACAAGAAGAGCAACAACAUGCUGAUGAACAUCAUCAUAAUACAAAUGAAGAGGAUCAUAUACAAAGGAUAAAUGAACAACAUGAACAUGAGCAUCAUGAUCAUCCUAAUCAUGAGCAUGAACAUUACGAUCAUCAUCAACACCUGUUGACAUCUACUACUACCACUGAGAAAUUCAAUGAAAUUGAACCUCAAACUGAAGAGCACAUCAAUCAAAUUUCUGCCGAAGUUGAAGAUGAUGUUAAAGACUUGAAUAAUUUUAGACAUCCCGCUACCCUAAUCACAGCUAGUCAAAGUGAAGAAUCACUUAAUAGAGAAAAAGACAUUUCGAAAACAUUGGAAGAGCAUGAAGAUCCCUAUCAUGCUCAUAUAUUGUCGGAGAAUCAUGAUCGUUUGGCCGAACAUGAGGACUAUCAAAUGUUAUCCAGUACUGAAGAAUCCAUGGAUACAUUAACAACAACAACAACUACACCAAAACCUUUGGAACAUACACAAACUGAUGAAAAUGAAUCAAUUGCCAAACCCGCCAUACUAUUUAAUGGCGUUAUGCACAAUGAAACCACAGAGGGUAGGGCUAGAGCCAUCAACAUGAAUGACGAUGAUGAUGAUGACGAAGAGCAAGAAAGUAUUUUAACUACAUCAACCACAGUGGCCACACCUGUGGGACCAGUAAUUAGCAUUACUGAAGGACAUCAAAUGACUGAACACAAUCAUGAACACCCACAUGAUCAUAGUACACACGAUCACACCGUACAUGAUCAUAGCACCCACGAUCACACCACCACACAUGAGCAUAACCAUACUACUAACGAUAUGGCCGAACAUGAUGAGCAGCAACAACAGCACAUGACCUCUUCUAGCACCACAGAAAAGUCUCAUGAUAUGCCAGCUGUUUAUGUUUUCAAUGGCGAGGGUCGCUCCGUUGACUCUUCCAUAUCAGCCGAAGAUGAAGAUAACUUAAAUUAUCAUUAUAAUUUUGUGACAACACAACGAGCCCACGACAAUCAUGAGCAAAAAACUUCACCAUUCAAAGACUUAAGCGAUGUCAGUAUGGACGACGACGAAGAAGAGGCCAAAACACAUGAACAUUUACAUGAACACAAUGGUCAUAAUCAACAUUUUGCUAUACAUGAAAAUACCAAAGAGGAGAUGACCACUACCAGUAAGCCGAAUGAAAAUAAUGCCACUACAAACCCUGAUGAGGAGCCACAAAUGAAAAUAACUGAAAUUACAGCAGCCGGUGAUACAAUGCAUCGUGAAUGUAUGGCAGAUGGCAAAAGUUAUAAGAAUGGUGAAAAUAUGGAACGUGGCUGUGAUGAACGUUGUACUUGUAAUCGUGGCGAAUGGAUUUGUUCACCCCGUUGUAUGGGUAAAACAUUUAAACGUGGCACUAUGCAAAUGUCUUUGGAAAAUGAGCAGACAAAUUGUCGUGAAAUUGCCGUAGAAGAUGAUGAGUGCUGUAGCAUGAUGGAAUGUGUCACAGCCGAGGAAUCAUUUUUGCCUACGCAAUCAACAGCUGAAUCAAUGAAUGCUUCAACACAUAAAACACGUCUUGAUUGUCAUUAUAAUGGUGGUAUUUAUAAAUUCCGUGAACGUUUGGAAAUUGGCUGUGAACAGAUUUGUCACUGUGAUGAAGGAGGCAUAAUGAAUUGUAAACCCAGAUGUCCUGAACGUAAUCACACACGUCUGGACAAGUGUGUAUUUGUUAAGGAUCCCAAAGAUGUGUGUUGUCAGUUGGAAUUGUGUGAUGUUACUUUGGAUGAUCACGAACAAACACCUUCCCCUCCCACGGCUCAUAAUUCUAUAGGUGAUGAUGGUUAUGGUUUUCAAGAGGGUCGUGAUGUUGAUGGCGCUGUUUCGGACGCUGUUUGUGAAUAUAAGGGUCAAAUGUAUACCGAUGGCAAACAAUUCCAUGAUGGUUGUGAACAAUUGUGUAUAUGUACACGAGAGGGUGUUCAUUGUGCUAAACUACAGUGUCCCUCAACAUUUGGUUUGGAUGUCUUGAAUCCUCACUGUUUGAAAUGGGAACCAGAGCCGGCAAAUUUCAAACCAGAAGCUCCCAACUGUUGUCCCGAUAGCAUGCGUUGCAUGGACAAUGGUACUUGUACCUAUAGGGGACAAGAAUUUGAAAAUUGGUCUCAAAUACCCACUAAUCUAACAGGCUGUGAACAACAUUGUUAUUGUGAAAAUGGCAAAGUAGAAUGCCGUCCUGCUUGUCCUCCGGUUUUGGCUCUACCACCAGCCGAUUUGGGCUGUCACAUCUCUCAGGCCCGUCUAGUACCCAUACCCGAUGAUGAAUGUUGCAAACAUUGGUCUUGUACUGCUUUCGAAACCGGCAGACCCUACAAUGGCCAAGACAACGAAAGCAAAGAGAAGGAAGAAGAGGAUGAGGAAGAAAUAUCGGCUGAACACCAGGGCCAUAAUGUUUCAACAACGGAGCCUACAGAUAAAAAAGAAGUUCUUAAUGUUGUUACAAAUAAACAAAUGGACAAAAAGUCUGAAAAUGCUUUUUACCCCACCAUGGAUGGUAAACUGCCCAAAGGUGGUCAAGCUCCCUAUAGUUUUGAUUACAAACCAGAUAAAACCGAAAAACAUGAAAAACCCGAUAAACAUGACAAACAUGUUAAGAAACCAUUGAUUAAACCCCAACAAAAUGAUGUUAAAUAUGAUGUACAUGAGCCACAAGAAGAAGAUUUACCCAUACAUCAUCCUGGUAUAGGACCAGGUUUUGUUCCCGUGCACUUAGGCGGCGGUAUAUCACCCUAUGAUAGUGUUAAUUACAAUCAAAAUCUAGCACCACAACAUCCGGGCAAUCAGGGUCCCUAUGGAUCUUUCUACCACAAUGAUCCUUUUAAUCCUUACGAACAAUACGACAUAAAUCCUAAUGGUAUACCACAAGGCAAACCUCCAGCACCAACUAGUCAAUCAGAUUUAUUCAAUAUUAUAGGAGCAGCAGGUCCCGGAGGUAAACCAUCACAAACCAAUUUGCCACAUCAUGUUCGCAUCGAACAUAUCUACCAACAUUUGCAACAAAAUGCUGCCAAUCAAAAUCAACAUACCAACAAUCAGGGUCCUUACGUGGCGAUACCUCAGCAUGGGCAUGGUAAUAUAAGUGGUGCUGGUAGCCAUCCACCCGGAAUACCAGGAGUCGGGGUACCACCUCAUCAGGGUCAAUAUGUUCCAGUCGUUCAUAGUGGUUUACCACCACCUCCUCCUCCACAUGGCAUUGCCAUAGUUGAUGGUCAAGCUGUGCAAUAUGGUGGCUAUCCUGUUAUACCAGGCGUUGGUCCAGUGGCUACACAUUUAACUACAAAUCAAUUUGCCUCGACCACCUCUUCUAAAGGUUUAGCUCCGCCAUCGACAGAACAUGCAGCAACAAGUGCAUCAAAACCCAAAAAAACAGCUUUCAAUAAUUUACAACCUGAUAUUGAGGUGCAUACAUUGGAAGCUAUUGAUCCUCGUACUGUGCGCAUUGUAUUUACUGUACCUCAGGUUUAUGUCAACUUACAUGGUCGUGUUGAAUUACGUUAUAGCAAUGGACCCGGUAAUGAUACUUCUAAAUGGGAUCAACAAAUAUUUGCUCCACCAGAAGAUCUGAUAGCAACUUCACAAAUGGAAUUUGAUUUACCUGGUUUAGAACCCAAUUCAUUGUAUAAGAUCAAAAUUACUUUAAUCCUAAGAGAUUUGAAUUCUCAACCUACCAGCUCUAUUUAUACUGUUAAGACACCUGCCGAAAGAACUAUUACUCCACCACCACCAAUUUCCGAUUAUAGACCCGACUUCCAAGAUGUUUUCAAGAAUGUUGAAGAUCCUGAAUUGAAUGUUAGUGAAACUAACUCUACCUGGUUACAUUUGACUUGGAAGAAAUUGUCUGAUGAACAAAUGGAUUAUGUUGAUGGUAUACAAUUGAGAUAUAAGGAAUUGACUGGUAUGAUUUAUUCAUCCACACCUUUGGUACAUCGUUCCCUCACCUCUUACACCAUUGAAAACUUGCAACCUGAUACUGGCUAUGAAAUCGGUUUAUACUAUAUACCCUUCCCUGGUCAUGGUGCUGAGUUAAGAGCUGGUCAUAUGAUUAAAGUGCGCACAGGACCCAAGGUCGAUGUUUAUGCCUUUGAUGUUAUGGUCAAUGUUACUAAGAUUAAGGCCCAAAGUGUUGAAGUAUCUUGGAAUGGUGUACCAUAUCCCGAGGAUAAAUAUGUCAAUAUCUAUAGAGCUAUUUAUCAAAGUGAUUCGGGCAAGGAAGAUUCUAGUGUAUUCAAGGUGGCAAAGAGAGAUAGUACAACUGGUACUUUGAUAAUGGACUUGAAACCGGGUACCAAAUAUCGUUUGUGGUUGGAGAUGUACAUGACUAACGGCAAGAUUAAGAAGAGUAAUGUUGUUAACUUUAUUACUAAACCUGGCGGUAAUGCUGUACCUGGUAAAACUGGAAAACUUUUAACCGCUGGCGUUGAUCAACCUGUUGGAGAUUAUUAUGGUCCCCUAGUAGUAGUAUCGGUGGUAGCUGCUUUAGCCAUUAUGUCGACCUUAGUCCUAUUACUCAUAUUGACAAGAAGGCGUGUUCAUCAAACAGCUUCCAUAACACCACCACGUAAAAGUGAUGCUGCCUAUGACAAUCCCUCAUAUAAAGUUGAUAUACAACAAGAAACCAUGAAUCUGUAGCGGUUUUAAUUGUGUAUAAAUAACCAAGUGAACUUAUUUUUUCUACUCAAAUGAUUAAACAAAUAACGAAAACAAAUCCUAGUUGUGUAUUAGUAAUUAGGUUUCAAAACAGAUUUUUUUUUUUUUUGUGUAAAUAUUUAAAAAACAAAACUUAUAUAUAAAUAUAAAUUCCUUAACUAAAACGAUAAUAGAAAUUGGUUUAACCAUUAAAAAAAAAAAGAAUAACAUGAAACAAAAGCAAAUAACGAAAAAUAUUUAAAACAAUU